UGUAACUACAAAAUGAAAUUUCUGCCUUUCGUUCUUUUCCUUCUGAUCAGUUUCAUAUCCAUAGAAGGAAAUAAGUGGUAUUGCCGACCAGAAAUUCAAAAGAAGGUGAAAGAAACAAUAACAGAGUGUUGUGAGCAGAAUGCUGGAAAGGAAGGCGAGGAAUUAAAAGAUGGUUUUAUUGCAUGUGGGAAAAAGAAAAUUGAAGAAUCGGGACGUGGCAAACACGAAAAGAUACAGCAACGUUUUGAAGAAAGAGUAAGAAGUUCUCAGCUUACAGCUGAAGACUGUAAAGAUGGCGGAAGAAUAAUUGUGGAUAAGUUUGAAGCAUAUUGUUCGGAAAAAUAAUAGAAAGAAUGAAGAAUAAUUGUAAGCCAAUAACAAAAUCUUGUAACAUUGACAAUCGUAAAAUAAAUUAGUAUUGCAGCU